AUGACAACUUCAUGUUUGGUAAAAAAUUUGAAAGCUGUAACCAAUUUGGCACCACUUCCGAUAAUUACUUGGGACCGUGCAGAGCGUAUACGACGAAAUAAGGAGAUUUGGGACAAUAAAGAUUCUAUUGUACAUCGUUUACCUUAUCAUUAUAAGAAACGAUACUGGGAGUUUGUACUUAGUGAAGCGAAACCUGUACAUUAUCGGAAACCAACAUCCAGAUAUGAAUGGGAUGCUAAACGUCGUAUAAUGAUAGAAACUGAGGAUUACCCGAUAAUUGGCUUUCAUCCACCAGAAGCUGAUAAAGGAUUAUGGGGUGGUGAAACAGUGGUGAAAGGUUAUAUAGAAUCGCGUCCCUAUACUAGAAAGAAGAUUUUACCAAGGCAUUGGGUGCCGCAUUUUUUCUUUCCGAGUUUGAAAAAAGUUGUUGCAUAUUCAGAAGUUCUAGACAAGCAUAUGAAAAUUACCAUGACGGAGCGCACAUGUCGUCUAAUUGACCAGCAUUUUGGGCUUGAUUUAUAUUUGUUAGAAACUCCCGAAAUUGAUAUUGCGUCAAAGCUUGGCAAUAAAUUAAAGCGUGAAAUUCUUCUUGUUUUGGCGAAAGGUACUUAUUAUCCAAAUGAUCCAGAGCGGCACAAUUAUAUAAAGGAGAAAUAUGCGCAGUUUGUAAUACCAUUAGAAGAAGCCGACUGGAUUGGUUUAGAUUUAAACGAAGCAUGCAGGAAACAACAGGAAAUUGAAGAAAGUAUCAAACCGGUUCCAGAAAAGUAUAAAUUUGAGCUUGAUCUAGUUAAACGAUUGGCAAGUGGUGAAGAGAAUCCUGAUCAUGAUAAAAUAAUCAAGGAAUUGGAAUCAGAAUCAGUUAUUGGUCAAAAAACAAGGAAAAUAAUACAAAUAGCAACACAACGGUUGAGAAAAUUAGUAAAUUGA